AUGAGCACUGAAAGCAUGAUCCGCGACGUGGAGCUGGCCGAGGAGGUGCUCCCCAAGAAGGCAGGGGGGCCCCAGGGCCCCAGGCAGUGCUGGUGCCUCAGCCUCUUCUCCUUCCUGCUUGUGGCAGGAGCGACCACGCUCUUCUGCCUGCUGCACUUCGGGGUGAUCGGCCCCCAGAGGGAAGAGUUACCAAAUGGCCUCCAUCUAAUCAAUCCUCUUGCCCAGACACUCAGAUCAUCUUCUCGAAUCCUGAGUGACAAGCCUGUAGCCCACGUUGUAGCAAACCCCCAAGCUGAGGGGCAGCUCCAGUGGCUGAACCGGUGUGCCAAUGCCCUCCUGGCCAAUGGUGUGGAGAUGAUAGACAACCAACUGGUGGUGCCAUCAGAUGGGCUGUACCUCAUCUACUCCCAGGUCCUCUUCAAGGGACAAGGCUGCCCCUCCACUCACGUGCUCCUCACCCACACCAUCAGCCGCGUUGCUGUUUCCUACCAGAGCAAGGUCAACCUCCUCUCUGCCAUCAAGAGUCCUUGCCAGAGGGAGACCCCAGAGGGGGCUGAAGCCAAGCCAUGGUAUGAGCCCAUCUACCUGGGAGGGGUCUUCCAGCUGGAGAAGGGUGAUCGACUCAGUGCCGAGACCAAUCUGCCCAACUAUCUGGACUUUGCCGAGUCCGGGCAGGUCUACUUUGGGAUCAUUGCCCUGUGA